AUGCGGGGGAAGGGCGAGGAGGCUGCCUGGAGCCCUGCAGGAAGCGAGGCGCGGCGCCGCGGGGCGCCGAUUUUGUCCCAGUCCUCGAUCCCCGUCGAGCCUGUGCAAGGUUGCCCUGCUGUGAUGGGGACUGCCGCGGCCCGCAGGCGCCGCGCGAUGCGCGCCGUGGAGCGCUGUGCCUGCGGCAUCAUGCUGAAGCUGAUCAUGGCCACGUGGAUUGGAGUCGUCGGCGCCCUGCGCUGGUGCUUCCUGGGCCCGUCGUACCCCCACUUGCUGGUAACGGAAUACCACCACGACGGGGUCUCGACGGUGCUGCGCAACGUGGACAACAAUGGUGUGCCUGGGACAAGGGUACGCGCGUGGCAGGCGGCGUACCACCAUGCGGACACGGCGACGUACCACCACACCACCCUGGUCGGGUGGCUCUGGAGUCGGCAGGGUACGAAGGCGUGUGGAGGUGCCAUCAUGCUGAACGAGACGUGGGUCGGGGGGAUGAGCAUCUGGCGCUUCCAGUCGGAGCAGGUGAUGAUUGCGGUGAUGGUGCUCCCCCCCAAGCCGAACAAGGCGGGCAGCCCCGAAGUCUAUUCGGACAUGUGCGACCAGCGGUGGGCGCAUGACUGGCAUUGCACGGUGGGGAGGAUGGCGAUCAACACGUACCACGACUGCGGCCCCACCUUCGCGGGCUCCUACGGCCAGAGCACCCCCAUGCGUGUGAGGUGGGACCGUACUACACUCAGCCAGGCGACCCUCACUGGUGAAGGGCGAGAAGAGUUACUGGAGAAGUUGCAGAAUGAGCCCGAGUCCCAUCGUGCGGCCUUCGUGAUGCUCGAGAGUAGGGCGAUCAUGACGGGGCACACGGCGCACCUGAUCAAGGAGCUGGAUGAGGAGGACAUCCGCUACGCCACGAACGUGACGAGGACCCGCAGGUGCAACCUCACUGUGAGUAUCGACGCGGUCGAUGUGAGGUGUGCCGUUCGCAGUGGCAGCGGACGCCCCGUGGGCGACACGUCGGUGACAGAGACCCUCAUGCAGAACUACCACGUGGUCCACGUGUGGGCGGCCUUCGAGAGAAGACAGAACGCUGAGUGCACGACCAUCACCUUCUGCAAGUUCAUGGUGGGCUCCUGCGUAGGCGCGCCCAUGGACGAUUUCUGCAAGCCGCUGCUGGCGCCGAAGGAUAUGGCCUACGCUGCGGACGGGGUGGUGGUACCCAAGAGGAACGACAUGUACAUGGACCAGUCGCUGGAAGCACGGCAGUAUGCGCUGUUUCGGAGCAAGCAGGACGGGGUGCCAGCGAUGUGGUCGAGGCUACGGGACACCCAACGUGCGCGGUGGUGCCGCGCGGUGUGGGGCAUGAGCAUGAAGACGGUGAUCUUGGAGGACUGCGUGGAGGAUGCCAAUGCCUGGCAGGUGGAGGCCCUGACGUUCUCGUUCAACGCGCGGGCACUGAGGGACAAGGCCAAUCUGUUCAAGAACAAGGAAAAGGCGGCAAGGGACGCGGGUGGCGCCGCGACGGUCGUGUGCUUGGCAAGGAUGGAGGUGGGGCGCACCAACUGGCAGACGCUCGUGGAGUGGUCGGCGGCCGUGGUGGGAGACCCGCCAGAUUUCGUGAUGUUCUGCCGCCGCGUGAACUGCAACCAGUCGAACAUGAUCAAGAGUGUGUUCAUGGUCACCGACCAGACUGGGGACCUGUCUGCGGCGCUCUCGGAGCAGUUCCGGCCCACGGAGAGCAGCCCACACGGCGCGGAGUCGGUGCGGUGGAUAGGGUCGACAGUCUUGGAGACCGAGAUCGGGGGCCGGCGGCACGCCGGCGCGGCGGCGUCCGUGCUCCUGGCGUGGCCGCGCGCGCUCCCCUGCCGUGGCGCGGCGGGCGAGAGGCUGCUGCAGGUCAACAUCAAUUGGUUCAUGCCUUGGUCAGAGUCGGCCCUUGUGGCGGUCAGCAACGCCUUCCUCUCCAAGUUCGACGUGGACUGUGACAAAGACGAGAAGCACAGGCUGUACGCCCUGACCGGCUUCUUCCAGGCGCAGGUCCGCGACAUGUGCGAGACGUACUUCGCCCGCAUGCGGCGCAACGUGUACGUGACGCCCAAGAGCUUCCUGUGCCUCAUCGACUUUUACAAACUGCUCUACCAGACGAAGUACGACGACGUCAACGAGCAGGAGCGCAGCGUCAACAUCGGGCUCUCGAAGCUCAAGGACGCCUCGGAGUACGUGGAGAAGCUGAAGGUGCAGCUGAAGGAGCAGGAGAUUGUCCUCAAGGCCGAGGAGAAGAAGACAGGUGCGCUGCUCGACAAGGUGACGAUGGAGAAGGGCAAGGCCGACAAGAAGGCGGAGCAGGUGAACGGCCAGAAGAAGGAGUGCCAGGGGGAGGCGGACAAGAUCGCGGCGGAGAAGGCGGAGGCGCAGGUGGAGCUCGACAAGGCCAUACCCUUCCUGAAGGAGGCGGAG